GGCACGCAAAGUCAGCCCCCUCCAAAGAAGAGAAAAUCGUUUCUUUUGCAGAAGAAAGCGAACUCUGCCAACGGCCUGCCCACUUCGAGUUGUGAUGUGAAGGUGUUGAUCAUGCGAAAAGAAGCGCCAUUAAAGCUCUCCUCCAUGCCCUUGUCCUCCAAGAAAGGAACCAAAUCUUAGUUGGAGAGUGAGCGAGGGAGUCUCGGAUCGUAUUGCAGGCGUCACCAACCAAGUCAAGCUUCAACUUUCAUCCCUCUUAAUUCCUUUUUGGCUGGUUGAACUCGAAAUUUUUCUGGCCUUCAAAGCCUAAGAAGGCAUGGGGCUACGGCGGAUGAGGCUGCAGGUGCAUUGCUGAUGACGCCGCAACUUGUCGUUGAUGCCGCCGAAAUUAGCGGUUGGUGGUGUAUUUUCUUCACCACCUUCUCAUGGCAGAAGAUUAGUUUCCCAAGGAGGUAAAAGAGAAGGCCAUGGAGAGUACCUUCAGUCUCCACUUCUUCCCUCUUACCAGUCUACAGAUAGGGGAUUUGCAGUCCUACCUUUCUACUCUCACUUUGUUUGUGGCACCUGAAAGUGAAAAUCUUUUUAUCCUAGUGGACAAUCGUCCAUGGUUGACAAAAGGACAUUCUAAACAUGCACAUAUAUGGCAAUUAAUGGUUACAAAGUCCAGGAAAUCUCCCUUUGCUAAUACCCGUGCUAGGAGGGAGCGGAAGGAUUCUGGGAAAAAGCUCCACUUGAGGAAUGGCUUGAAACCAAGCCUUGGCGAGACAAUGAAAUUGAAGAGAUGGUUUUGUUCAAUUUAUGCAGCAGUUAAUCAUAAGAAAGUCCUGCUUCCAGUGAAUGAAUUGCACCAAACAUUUUAUGGCUUUAUACUCUUUGAAAUCUCAUGGAAGGAUAUUCGUGGCAUUAACUACUUGAAUGAACUUCAGACUGAUACAUCUCUUGCCUUGGAGGCUCAGUACAUGAAGAAGUGGGAAUUUGACAGUGCAGAACAAGCUUGUAUAUUCGUUUCAUCCUGGUUCUCUGGCACAUUAUUUGAGAGCACUCUUUUGAAAAAUUAUCUGAGUGAUGUAUCUGAUGUAGAUAUCUGUGGAAGUCCUGAUUUGGGGCAUGGAUCAACUUUUCCGGAUGCCCCAAAUUCUUUUGGAAAGGAGAUGUUUUAUGAUGCCCAUGAUAUUUUUCCAAUUGAAAGCUCUAGCAGUGAAACUGAAACCUCUUAUGAUGAGCAUGAGUCUUUGACAGAUAGUCCAUUUGAUUGUCUUAGAGGAGAAGAUGUUUGUACGUCCACUGGAUUGCCUGAUAGCUCUAAUCCUUUCAGGACACCUUCUUCAAGCCCUUGCAAAAGAAGAAAAAUAACCGGAAGGUCAAGCUAUUCCAUUGGAGAAAUUGCAUGGGAUACACUAUGGCAAUCCAAUGAUUUUCCUAAUUCUGCUAACCUUGUGAAUGAAAAAAGUUUACUUUUUGAUGCUACUCUGUAUAAGGAUGUUUUUGUUUUAAUCAAGUUCAAUGAUCGCAAUCUUCCGUUCAGGCUGCGGCAGAUAAUCAUGUCUGAUUUACGGCUUCUUACAUUGCUAGAGUCAGGCCUUCCUUCUUGGGCUAUAUUUCUUCAGUCAUAUCCAGUAUUUUGCCAGUUCUAUCGUCCAUGGAUGAGGCCAUUAGCAAGAAUCUUGUAUGUGGUAGUUUCUUUCAUGACAGUCCUAAUUGGAUUUUAUGAUUUGUACAAAAAUGUGCCUGUCUUGAAGUUGACUGCUGCACGGUUGUGUGGGCCAUUUUUCGAUUGGAUAGAAUCCUUGGAAAUGGUGUCCAGGGUCAAGUACUUGGGAACCAUGCUUUUCCUGCACAACUUUGAGAAGGCUAUUAGAUGGCUUCUCAUGCUUGUACGUGCUACUCGGGCAUUGUUUUCAGUUCUUGUCUCUCCAGUUGCAGAUCCACUUAUUGAGCUAUUUGGAUUUUUACUUCCAGUAUGGGAUCUGUGCUUCCAGACAGUGUGGGGCAUCUGUUCUGCCAUUUGGAUUAUUUUUGAGUCGGUAUCCAGCACUGCCUUGGACGUUGUACACUUUCUGCUGUGGCCUUUGUAUUUCAUACUUUCUACAAUCUGGUACACUGUGACAUGGAUAAUAUAUCCUGUAUUUUGGGCAUUCUGGUUUGUGGUAGUUGCUCCUUUCCGCUUGAUUAUUGCACUGGUGACUUAUGUAGCACUGCUUUCCUACAACAUUUUUUCUCUUAUUCAAGAGUGUUGGAUACCAAUAAAAAGGAUCUUCCAUGUUGCUUCAACUAUGGAGCAAACACCAAGAAGAUCUGACAUUUCCAUGUUACGUACAUUGUGGAACGACCUAUUCUCACAGGUAUUUCGUGCAAUCAGAAGCAUCCUGAAUGUUUUUGUUGCAUUUUGUGCAAUAUGUAACAGGCAUCGUCUAAGCAUCUACAAUCAUCUAUUGAAAAUUCUUGCACGUUUGUCCUGUCGACAUCAUACAGGCCAUUCACCAGAGAUGAACCAUAGGGUGCAGGAACGUGGAGCACAGACUGCGAAAGCUGUAGUUCAGGUAAGAGUUGAGGGCUUGAGUGAAAUUUCCUCAAAAAUACAUGGUGUUGAAGAAUUUUUGAGCAACUGAGGUGGUACCUGUGGAUUUUACUCCUGUAUUUGUUGAAGAAGGUGUUGGUAAAUACUGCCUUCUAGAGAUGGUAUAUGCGAGUCUAAAAAAUUGGAGCCUCUCCAUACCUUAGCUCGAGAAAGAUGCCUAGAAUGCACUUGUUCUUGAGAAAUGAAAAAGCAAAACAGGAAAAGCUCAUGAAUCUUUGGCACGAUUUCUGCAGUUAGUUUUAUUGGAAGCCCCAAAUUCAAAUGGCUUUUUGAGUUGGACAUAACUCCUGUAUUAUGUUAAUAAUGUGUGUGAAAUUGGUGCUUGGAAACUGGACGUACUAACACAUACGUCUCACAGAUAAAACAAUUGUGGCUGCUCAAAAUGAAAAACAAGAGUUUUUUGAAGAGCUAGAAUAUGUUCCAUUAAGAGGCCUUCGGGAAAUUGAUGUCGUGGGAACAUCUCACAUAUCUUUGACUGUUGAUAUUGAGUUCAAUUUAUUAUGUGCCAAUACUUUUCUUACACAUGGCUGUUCCCUUUUGUACAUGCAGUCAGAAGCAAAGACAAGGCAAGGACGCAAGUAAGUCCAGAAGAAGCUCUGCAUGAAAAUGCUUUUUGAACCGUGUUAAUCAAUAUCUGUUUGCGCAGGUACUCUUCUCAACUUGAAAAAGAAGAUCCACGGAGAGUAUACAGUCGCAAACAUAGGCAGCUAUAAUGGUCAUCAUAUGCAACCAAUCUCUUUUGUUAUAUAAAUAAACAUUUUAGGCCCACAGAUGUUAUGUUUAUUCUUUUGUUCUUUAUUUUUUUCGUGCCCUACGUUUUGUAAAUUUUCUAGUUUGGGCUCCUGGAGGAAUGGCGGAUGGUUGUAAUAUACAGUAGUCAGUUAGUUCAUCUCGUCCUGUAACAUCAUGUGGGAAUUGAAAAUUAUGGAAAAGAAAAGCAUAUGAUCCUUACACAUGA